AUGCCAACAAAAGAAGAAAUGGUAUGUGCGUUGGAACAUGCACAAGUCGAGGUUCCCCCUACCGCCACCAUUAGCCAAAUUAAGCGGCUUUACGAACAUGCGGUGUUAAAAAGUGAGGUUAAAACGCCGGAUCAAACACGUGUUCCUGAUGACGUGAGCCCAUCGAGCGAAGGAAGUACUGUCCCCGCAUCGGAAGAAGAUCUAGCGGUACUGCGACACAAAUUAGAGUCUCUCGAGUUACGGCAGAAAAUCGCCAACCUAGAGGCCAAACUUGGUGCAUUUUCGUUGCCGUCGUCGUCGCAUUCACCUCCGCUUCCAUUGUCGCAACCACCACCACCGCCGUCGUCGCUGCCACCUCCAUUGCCGUUGCUACAAUCGCCACCUGCACUGCUGCCGCCGCAACCAGCCUCAUCGCCGCCUUCGUCCAGAGCACCCAACCUGGAGGAAUUUGUUGGUUCCUUCAGUGGUGAUGACGGUGAGGACGUUGAACGAUGGGUGAGAGACCUAGAGAAUACGUUCUUGCUACACCAAUUAGACGACAUAGGGAAACUAUUCUGUAUGCGUCGGCUGCUAACCGGCACAGCCGCUCUACUCGCCAAAUCUACUAAUGCUGCAUGCUACAACGACCUAAAGGCCGAAUUAGUAGAAACCUUUAAGGUCACCAUCUACAUUGAGGAGAUCUACAGGAAGUUGCGAGCUCGGCGACUGAAGAGAAGCGAGACUACCACGCGCUAUCUGCUGGAUAUGCUCCACAUCGCCGGCAACUCAAUCGCAGAGGAGGAACUCGUGAUCAUAAUAUUAGACGGAAUUGGAGAUCCAAUUAACACCGCUGCAAUGCGCUUUGCAGCAAAAUCGGUCGUACAGCUGAAAGCCCUCCUGAAGGAUUACGAAAAACUACGCCCCGACGUUACUCGUGCACCCGUAACGUCAACCAUCUCUGCCCGACCGACCUCAUCCGGAACAAAAGAACGCAGCGCCAACAAUGAUUCCCUGCGCUGCUAUAACUGUAGGCAGUUUGGGCAUCACCAACCAGCCUGCCCAUUCCCGCUACGCCCAACCGGAGGCUGCUUCAACUGCCAUCAGACGGGUCACCAAUAUAAGCAAUGCCGAAACAAAGCCGUCGUAACAUCAGCUGCAACCGAUCGUCACUUCAAAGAACCAGAUGGAUGGAUUGUCAACGAAAGGCAAGACAUUGAAUUUCUUCCUGUUUGUCUUUCGCUUUCAUUGCAUUAUUUGGCUGACUCAGGAUCAGCCGUUGGCAGCACGUACGAGGACUGUGAGCAGCCGCCGGAAAUUGCACAUGGGUCCGCCCGGCUGACGGUGGACGACAACGAGGAGUACUCGACGGCACACUACACGUGCAAACCCGGCUACCGGAUGCAGGAGCCACAGCUCGCCGAACUCCGCUGCAACAUUGAGACAGACGAGUGGGAGACCACGAAGCUGCCCGCGUGCGUUCCAGAUGACACGGAGGGUCAGGGUGCGGCGCCUGCCGGAACUAAUGGCAAACGGAAGCCCGGUCAGAAGGGUCAGAACAUACAGGAAGAGUCGGACAUCGAGCCGGAGCUGGCGGCCCGGCUCGAUCUGUCCUGCAUGAGCCAAGGUCUCAUCAGGGCGCCCGAGAUCGACAACGGUUACGUGGUGAAGUACAACAGGCGCAAGAAGAACGGCAACAUUUUCCUGGUAGCAUACUACGAGUGCGAUGACUAUUACGAACUGCAGCCACCGGAACUGGACAGACUUUACUGCAGCAGCAAGCGGUGGAUCGGAAAGCGGCCAGAGUGUGUCUCGACCAGAACCGGUCUAGAGGAUGACGAGGAGGGCGAAGACGAGGAGGAGGAAGAGGAAGAAGAGGAAGAUUACGAAGAGGAAGGCGAGGACGACUCUGAACAACCAUCCGAGGGCGAUGAAAGAGUUCACGAGCUACCGACGACCUCUUCCACCACCAUGCCUACAACAUCUAGUUCAACAACCACGUCAACAACAUCAUCAACAUCGACAACGACAACUUCAACAACACCAGCGACAACGACAACAUCAACGACACCUUCUACAACAACAGAACCUGCAGUGCAGACAACAACACCGGCAGUGACGACAACGACCAGUGAGUUGCCGAGCGUUGAGGAGGAGAGCGUACCGGAAAACCUAUACGUUGCUGAAGUGGUGCACGAACACGAUCACCAUCGAUCACCUGCGGGAAGUGAAGGAGGCAGCAAUGAGGUGGACGAUCAAAAUGAAGAGGAGGAUGCUGAUGCUGAUGCUGAUGAGACUGAAGAGGAUGAGAACGCGCGUCGUGAUGCGACCGAAGACACCGAAGAUCAGACAGCAAACACGGAUCAAGAAAGGUUUUCCGAAUCGGCAUCGUCUCCCUCGACCACGACGACGACGACGACGACGACGACAUCGAAGACGACAAUCGUGGCCGCCUGCGGAUCGGAUCGUGGUGGUUGCGACCACGAGUGCCGGAUGAUCUACCACGGCAACGAGGUGGAACCGGUGGUCGAGUGUAGCUGCUACCGGGGUUUCCUGCUGGACGCGCGUGAUGGAAGAACCUGCCACGAUGUUGACGAAUGUGCGGAAAACAAUGGCGGCUGCGAGCAGACGUGUAUCAACAAACCCGGCUCUUAUGAAUGCUCCUGUGAACCUGGACUUCAAGUGGAUACGUUGAACGGUCAUACAUGCAUCGAUAUAGACGAGUGUGAGAACGAGGUCGUGGCCGAACGGUGUGCCGGUGGUUGCGAAAAUACAUUCGGUUCGUACCACUGCCUGCAGGCCGUGGUUUCGGAACAAACGCCAGUCGGGAGCGGAAAAAUCCACCAAUCGAACGAGGAAGAUGAUGAAGAUGCAGAAGAGCCGGACGACGACGACGACGAUGAGGACGGCGAUGCUGAUGGCGAGAGUGAUAAGCACGCGGAAGCUCGCAAUCGAUUGGCCGCGAAUGAAUUGCCGCAAGAAGCCCAUCAAUCAACCGGAAGUGGCCACACACACGUGGAAAGCGAGGACUCGCGAGUGGUGCAUCAUAAACUGCCCGACCACGGUCGGCACGAUGAAGACGCUGACGAGGAGGAGGCUGAUGAGGAUGGCGACCAGGAGGAGGACGACGGGGUCGAUGAAGAUGCCGAAAGUGAAGUGAAUUCCUCGACGCACCCUCAUCGGCAUCACCACGGUGAAGGCUCGCGUGCCCCGUACGAACCAACCGACGGGCCGGAAGGAAACCGCGAGAUAUCCGAUCAUGAGCUGGUCGAGGAGGAGGAGGAAGCCGAUGGCGAUACGGACGAUUAUCGGGACGAAACGGAACGGGAAGCGUCGCCGGUUCCGACGGAAGUGCCUUCGCCUGCCUCUCUAGGUGGAACCGACGUAGAAGCGAUUAGUCAGCAAACUCCGGAGGAAGAGCACGAAGAAGAUCGCGACGAUGGUGAGGAUGGCGAUUCUGAAGAGGAUAAUCGAACGCCACCACACGCGGGGUCGACCGGUUGCGGUGAAGGACUCCGGUGGAACCCGGCGACGGGCACUUGUGAAGAUAUCGACGAGUGUGUAGAGGAGGAGCACGGCUGCGACCACUGCCAGAACGCGUUCGGUGGUUACGAGUGUAUCUGCCCGGAAGGCUACGAGCUCGCCGAUGACGACAAACGCUGCCAGGAUGUGGACGAGUGUGCACUGGGUGGCGACGAGGAGGGCGACGGUGGUACGAUCUGUUCGCACGAGUGUCACAAUACGAUCGGAUCGUUCGAGUGUCGCUGCCCGGAGGCGUUCCAUCUGAAUAACGAUCGGCGCACGUGCGUGCGUGACUUCUGCCAGGAUCUGUACGAAAACCCCAACAAGACGCGCUGCUCGCACGAGUGCGCGGACGAGGUCGAAGGCUUCCGGUGCCGGUGUCCCGAGGGGUAUCUGCUGGAUGCGGUCGACCAGAAGACGUGCCGGAGUGCGUACAGCUGUGACGAGGGUCAGCAGAAGCGAUGCGAUCCGGGUCGGUGCCGACGGGUGGACCUGGACAGUGGUGACUAUCGGUGCGAGUGUCCGGAGGGGUAUGUGCAGAGUGACCACAGCUGUCACGAGCGGGAUGAGUGUCAGCUGGGAAGGCACGACUGUAGUCACGAGUGCCACAACACACCCGGUUCGUAUCGGUGUGGUUGCCCGGUGGGUUUGACUCUGUCGGCCGACGGGAAGACCUGCGACGACGUGGACGAGUGCCAGCGUGAGACGAACGAGCUGGAAGGGCUCUGUGGUGAUCUGGAAUGUCGGAACACGUAUGGCAGCUAUAAGUGCGUAUGCCCGGAGGGUCGCGAGCUGGAUGAGUACGGUAUCUGCCGCCAGAUGGACCUCUGCCGGAAGGAUAAUGGUGGCUGCUCGCAUAUCUGCACGUUCUACAACCGCGAGACGUACUGCGACUGUCCGGACGAGAUGGAGCUGGCCGAGGAUGGGAAGACUUGCGAACCGGCGGAUGUGUGUGGCGUACAGAAUGGAGGCUGUUCGCACACCUGCGAUCCGAAUGGCGAGCAGUUGUGUCGCUGUCCGACGGGAAUGGUGCUCGGGGAGGACGGACGUACCUGUGAGGACGUGAACGAGUGCCACGCAGGGAACGGAGGAUGUGCACAGAGUUGCCUCAACUUCGAGGGAGGCUAUCGGUGCGGUUGCUUUGAGGGCUACGAGCUAGAAGCGGAUGGACGUAACUGCGUCGAUCGGGACGAAUGUGCGAGCGCGAGGGGUGGUGGUUGUGAUCACAACUGUCACAAUACACCCGGCUCGUACUACUGCACUUGCCACGCAGGCUACAGGCUGGCCGAAAACUCACGCACCUGCGUGGACGUGAACGAGUGUGAGGAUACCAACGGCAACUGUUCGCAUGUGUGCAUCAAUCUACUCGGCGGUCAUCAGUGUUCGUGCCCCAAGGGUCUGUUCUUGCAGGAGGACGACCGGACGUGCGACUUUGUGGAUGAGUGUGCGUUGAACAAUGGCGGUUGUUCGCACACCUGCCACUACGAGUACGGGGUCGUAAGCUGUUCGUGUCCGCGCGGAUUCCAGCUGGAGUCGGAACAUCAGAAGACCUGCGUGGACGUGGACGAAUGUGCUGAUCGGAACGGAGGCUGCUCGCACGAUUGUUACAACACUCCCGGUGGGCACGAGUGUCAGUGUCCGCUGAACUACGAACUGCGGCACGAUCGCAUCACCUGCCAGGACGUGGACGAGUGCGUGACGGACAAUGGUAACUGUUCGAACAUCUGCAUCAAUCUACCCGGUGGCCAUCGGUGCUCUUGCGAAAUAGGAUACGAACUGGGUGAUGAUCAGCUGACCUGUGUCGAUGUGGACGAAUGUCGCGAUGGAUCGCACGAUUGCUCACACCACUGUGUGAACGUGCCCGGCGGGUAUGAGUGCGAGUGUCCGUCCGGGUUCAAACUGGGCCGAAACCGAUUAAGCUGCGAGGAUGUCGACGAAUGUACGGCACUGCCGGAUGAUGCCGGAUGUGAACAUCACUGCGUAAACACGAUCGGCUCGUACCACUGUGGGUGCGCGGAUGGCCAUCAGCUAGCGGCGGACAAUCGAACCUGCUCGGACGUGGAUGAGUGUAGUGACGGUGUGAAGCGAUGCACACAUGAUUGCGUCAACAAACCGGGCGGCUUCGAGUGUCUUUGUCCGUCCGGGCUGCGGCUCGACAUCGAUAAGGUGACCUGUGUGGACAUCGACGAGUGUCGGGUGAACAACUUCAACGGAGGUUGCUCGCACAUCUGCGAAAAUACGGCCGGAAGCUUCGAGUGUCGCUGUCCCGAUGGAAUGCUGCUCGGGGAGGAUCAGGCCACCUGCGCCGAUAUUGACGAGUGUGCCGUGCUGAACGGGGGAUGUAGCCAGCUGUGCAUCAACCGGGACGGUGGCUACCGAUGCGGCUGUCACCCGGGGUACACUCUCAUGGAGGACAAUAAGGCCUGUGAGGUGUCCAACCCUUGCGCUCUACGAAACGGUGGAUGUCAGCAUUACUGCAGCCUGAAGGCCGGCCUACCGGUCUGUUCCUGUCGUGAGGGGUACACCCUAAACAAAACCAACCAAGCGUCCUGUGUCGACCACAACGAGUGUCUCCAGCAGCAGGACAACAACUGUCAGCAGCGAUGCGUCAACCUCGAUGGAUCGUAUCGAUGCGAGUGCUAUCCGGGGUACGAAAAGAACGAACUUGGACAGUGCAUCGACGUGAAUGAGUGUCUCACCGGGAACGGGGGUUGCGGACCGAACGCACAGUGUAUCAAUACGGCGGGCGGGAGUCGGUGUGUGUGCCCGGUGGGUUUCAAGCUGACACAAGAUCGUAAGAAUUGCGUGGAAUUAAAGGACAACUGUAAACCGUUCGAGGCACCACCCAACUCGGAGAUUCGUUGCUCGCGAUCGCGUCACAAGGCGCAGUUGUUCUACCGGUCCAAGUGUUUCAUCACCUGCAAGAAGGGCUACAAGCUGCACGGACCCGCCGUACGGCACUGCAACGGUACCGGAGAGUGGGACGAAGGAGAAUCAAUCUGUGUUCCGCUCGCUUGUCCGAGACUCACCCGUCCGGAAAAUGGCGUAAUCCUACCGGUGGCUUGCACGGCGGGCAAAAUCUUUGCCAACGAACGGUGCGUUCUGCACUGCAAGCCUGGAUUCAAGCCACUGGCCAAACGGACGGCCGUGUGUAAUCUCAACCAAACGUGGGUUCCAAACGACAACCUCCAGUGUGUCCCGAUCACCGGUGUGGCGAGGCAACCGACGACUCCGGCCACACCGGCGUCCAUCCCCAUCAAACCGUACAUUCAGUGCCCGCCAGACGUACACGAAGUUCUACCGCUGGGACAGUACACGAUGAAGGUGCGCAUGGAGCGUCCAAAGACGAACGUCGACUGGCAUCAGUACGUGGACUCGCAUCCACCGUGGGGCAAGCAGCUGGAGGUGGAACUGCCCGCCGGCGAGACGACCGUUACCUUCCGUGCCCGAAGUCCAACGUCGAACGUCAACGAUGUGUGCCGGGUUGUGAUCAGAAUAAGAGAGAGGAAGCCACCAUCCGUGUUACACUGUCCAGAAUCGUUCGAGGUGCAGCUAGAGGCGUCCGAAUCGAGCCGUUCCGUAUUCUGGGCCGAGCCCAAGUUUGAGUCCCAGUCGGAGAUCAAGCAGAUCUACAAGUCCAACACCCCCGGCCAACCGCUGUCAGCUGGAGUGCACUACGUCAACUACAUCGCAACCGAUGCGGACGGAUUGAGUGCGAACUGCAACUUCCGGGUCGUGGUGAAAGCUGCCCCGGUGGAGGUUCUGGAACCACGGCGCCCAUUGAGUGCCUCCGGCGGUCCUCCGAGGCCGGCAGAAAUGAACCGGCUGGAAAACCACGAAUCGUACCUCAUCUGCCCGGGCCAGCCACCGGUUCGUCUGGACGCCAGCCACUAUCCCCCGGACGUACACGCCACACAAUUACCAACACCACACUCAUCAGCUCAUGCUGCGCGCAAACUGCCAACCGACGCUGGCGCUGGCCGCUCACCGCAGGCCCUUUAUUCGCAUCCUCAUAACCACCAUCGCUAUCGUCAUGAACACCCACACCAACAUAACCGCAAUCACAGCCUGGGGCGGGCGGAAGCCGUGCUCAAUCAAACCGCACCUAUCCUGCCGACGGUGGGCCGUGGCAAUCAUUCUUUCGCCGGCGUGCUGCGGGUGACGCUUGGCAACGGUACUUCCACCAGCGUCACCAGCGUCGCCAACCGGACGCGCGAUGCCUCCGGACUGUUGCGCACUUACCGUCCACCCUUGGGAUCCCGGGCGUCGUCGACGGCCGCUACUCACAAGCAUGUCAGCGGCAACUUCACUCACCGCACGCUUCGCACGGACCUUCACCAACAUCAUCAGCAUCAUCUUCACCACGCUCAUCAUCAUCGUGCUCAUAAUCUUAAUCUCGGGCAGGCGCUUAAGGAACCGAGCGCCACGGUGCAUCGAUCGCGUAUCAUACACAUCAUCGAGCAUCGAUCAUCGGAGGGAUGCUGCGAGGAGGAAGGGAAUUGUGACGAUGAAAGCACUCGAUCUCGGGCAACAUCCGGCCGGGAACCGGCCGCCGGAAGGACGACGGAAGGGGUUAGCGUUGAAUACUACAUCGACAUAUUUCAGUGGGCUCAUCGGCAGCCGGAACGGGAAUCGUAUUACGGACACAAUCGCAACCAGCAGCACCACCAGCUCGUCCAUUAUCAGCACCAACCACUCCACCACCAGCACCAGCAGCAACGUCAGCGUGUGCAGCAUCAUCAAAAUUGGUUGGGGCAGCAACAAUGGCCACAACAGCAGCAUCGACAGAGUCAACCGUCGGGCUCCUGGAACCAUGUGUCCUUCAUACAUCCCGACGUCGGAAUGUCCUCCGCUGGGCGGUUCAAUCAAGCCUUCCCAGCACCACCACCGUUGCACGUACCGCAAGGCUGUGUGGUGAAGAACAUUCGCAUCCAGCAGAAGCUCGCUAGGUUGCGCCAUCAACAACGGAUGCUCGCUCAGCACUUGCAGCACCUGGAGGCGUCUCCGGACGCCAGUCCGGCCCAAAUUGAACGCCAGCAUCAGCGAUACAAUAACCUGCUACGCUACUACUCCUCGUGGGACAAACUCUCGACCGGGCCCUCGGCCGGCUCCUUGAGGCCACCGUCGCUAGCCACUUUCGGAAAUGUUACACCGAUGCCGUCACCCCAUCAGCCGCACCGGCCCGCGUAUCCAGUGACACAAGCGAGCGUGACCCACUAUCGUCAGCAUCAGUAUCAUCAUCAGCAGCAUCCGAGGCGAUUGUUGAGAAAACGCAGCCGAGCACAUUCUGAAGUGCGCUCCAACGGAACGGUCCAGGCGAAGGAGCAGGAUCAACCAUGA